UGACCAAAUCCACAGAACCACCAGCCAUGUCCAAGACCCCACAACCCCAGACACACAGCAUAUCCAGCAGACAAAGAUGUCCACAAGCCAAUGGACUGGAGAGCCUGGCGUCUCUGGUGCGUUCUGUGGAAGAAACACCUGAUCCCAUCCCCACCAUCAUCAAGGGAAGUAUUCCGGUCUGGAUCAAUGGGAGCUUCUUGAGAAAUGGUCCUGGGAAGUUUGAAUUUGGGAAAGACAGAUACAUCCACUGGUUUGAUGGCAUGGCUAUGAUGCACCGGUUCCAUAUCUGUGAGGGCAGUGUGACAUACAGCAGCCGCUUCCUGCAAAGUGAUUCAUAUGUACGCAACUCAGAGAAGAACCGCAUUGUGGUGUCAGAGUUUGGGACAGUAGCGAUGCCUGAUCCCUGCAAGAACAUCUUUGCACGCUUCCUUUCACGUUUUCAGAUUCCUAAGGCCACAGAUAAUGCCAGUGUGAACUUUGUCAAGUACAAGCGAGACUAUUAUGUCAGCACAGAAACCAACUACAUGAGACGGGUAGAUCCACAAAGUCUGGAGACAAAGGAAAAGGUGGACUGGAGUCAAUACGUUGCUGUCAACUCAGCUACAGCUCACCCACACUAUGACCGUGAGGGGGCCACAUACAACAUGGGUAACUCCUAUGGCAAAAACGGUUUCUUCUACAACAUCAUCCGUGUGCCUCCUCCCGAGAACAAGGCGUCAACGGAGGACUCAGCAGACCUGACUGGAGCCAAAGUGAUCUGCUCCAUCCCUGCAGCUGAACCCAGGAAACCUUCCUAUUAUCACAGCUUUGUCAUGUCGGAGAACUACAUUGUGUUCAUCGAGCAGCCGAUCAAGCUCGACCUGCUGAAGUUCAUGCUGUACAGAAUCCAGGGAAAGAGCUUUCAUAAAGUCAUGUCCUGGGAGCCUCAGUAUGAAACCAUCUUCCACCUGGUCAACAGGCACACUGGCAAGGAGAGUGAAGUGAAGUACCGUGCAGCACCCAUGUUCACACUGCAUCAGAUCAAUGCUUUUGAGGACAAAGGGUUCUUGGUUAUGGACAUGUGCUGUGGGGACGAUGGUGCGGUCAUCGGAGACUUCACACUGGAGAACAUCCGCAGAGAGUCCGGAGAGGAGAUGGACAAGUUUUACAACUCAUUGUGCAGAAACCUUCCAAGGAGAUACGUUCUACCCCUGACUGUGGAUGAACAAACUCCUUUAGACCAAAACCUUGUCACUCUGCAUAACUGUAAAGCCACAGCGACGAAGACAAAACCAGGAGAGGUUUACAUGACCCAUGAAGAGCUUCAUGAUGAUGAGCUGCUGCAAUACGGUGGCCUUGAGUUCCCUCAGAUCAACUAUGACCACUACAAUGGCAGACCUUACCGCUACUUCUACUCCUGUGGCUUUGGACAUGUCUUCAGUGACUCCCUGCUCAAGAUGGAUGUCCACACCAAGGAGCUUAAGGUGUGGCGUUACCCCGGCUUGUACCCGUCUGAGCCUGUCUUUGUUGCUUCGCCCGAAGCUACUGAGGAAGAUGAUGGAGUGGUUCUGUCAGUCAUCAUCACAACCAGAGAAGAGAAAAGUACUUUCCUACUCGUUCUGGAUGCCAAGACCUUCACUGAGCUGGGCAGAGCUGAGGUCCCUGUCAAUAUCCCAUUCGGGACCCAUGGUGUGUUUAACGAGAUGGGCUAGAUGUGCCUCUGUUUGCAACUCUGUGGCAAAUUGAUGAAGUUGAACCAGCAACCAACCACUUAAUACACAGAAUAGUAUAUUUCUGUUGAUGUCAUUGCUUGCAAAAACUCCUCAACUGUAAAAGAAAGAAGAAAACAAAUAAAG